UUCCUACUGUCUCAUAUCGUCUUUUCCUUGCUCUGUGCUAGAUCCCUCGUUCUUAAUCCUAAUCAACCACCAUCAAUCACCGGGGUCUCUUUCGUUUGAACCUCGUCCUCAAUCGCUCUCAGUACACCAUCGCUUUAUCUUCUCUACCGUCGCUUUGCCCCUCCGACCUCGCUCCCACUAGCCCUCAUGAUCAGCAUGCCGAAGGAGGUCAGCCACCGACCCUCCUCCUCCAUCUCUACCACAGCCGCUGCCGGUGGCGCAUCCCGGGCAGCCACCACAUGGACCACCAAAGACGACGAAACGCUGAUGAGCGCCAGAGCCUCGGGGCUGAACUGGCAGCCCAUUGCUACGAAACACUUCCCUUCCAAAACCGCGAAUGCCUGUCGCAAACGCCACGAACGAUUGAUGGAGCGCAAGAACGCCGAGGACUGGGACGGCGUGAAGCUGGAGACUCUUGCCAUGGAAUACAUGAACGUGCGGCGCGAAAUGUGGACGAUCCUGGCCAAUCGAGUGGGCGAGAAGUGGACAAUGGUUGAGGCCAAGUGCAUGGAAAAGGGCCUGAAGAACCUCCAGCAAGCCCAUCGUUCCGCACAGAGGAAGGAGCGAGGUAAUUCAGUCGGCGACAGCGGUAUCGGUUGUUCGGACGCUGAGCACGAAUUAGAUGAAGGCCACAGCCAUACAUCGGAGCUAUCAGACGGCUCGCAGCACCAUGGGCAUGUACAGCAGGGCGGCUACGCGCUUCCGGGUCAGCGUGGCGGGCCCAGCAUCCAGUCCAUGCUUUCUCUUUCUCCGGCAUACCCUCAACCUCCGCAGUAGUCUUGUUAUGUACCAGCACACCACUGGAAGACUAUCCGCGCUACGAAUUUCUUACUUCUUCACCCGCAUUAUUUUGUCACCGACGUCGACACGAAUCUUCUUCUGCAUACUCUAGGGACGGUUGGGCGGGUUAUCUCGUUAGUUAAUGUACGAUUGCGGCGAACGGGCG